CUUUAGAAAAAAAGAAAGAAAAAAAAACGAAAAUGUCGCUUUUGAUAAAACCAUCUGCAAAAAAGAAUGUAAAAAUGUAAGCAUCAGCAUCACAAUCCAUAAUCCACAUUAUAGUAUUUAGAGUAUACUAUAUAUUAUCUGUUUUGGGAGGGAAAAAAAUCAGCAUGAGGGAUAAGAAAGGAUGUCCGUUUGAAUUGCCUUCAUCGGCUGCAAGGACCCGGGUGGGCUCAGGAGCGAGCCUUUGCGCUAGAUGGCAGCACAUACACAACUCGAGGUUCGUGAGGGACUCCAGGGGUCUCUGGCUCAAGGUCUGCACUCAGGUCUACACUCCCCCUCUAUGGCCAGCAUGGACCCCAAGGGCUCCAGCAACAUGUGUUAACAAUUUAGGCCCAGACAUUUAUUUCUUUGUUUUACUGCUUGGCUCUCCCGUAGACAGCGUCGGGACAGGCCGAGGGCCGUCUGGAUCGUGUCAGAGGCCGUGGGGAUCGGGUUCUCGUGAUGAGCCAGAUGGGGAAGGCCUUGGGGUUCUGUCGAGCACAGCGGUAUGACCAGUGGCAUGGGGGAGGUUGGGGGUAAUUGACCUGUUUGGUCAAGUUCUAGCUGGAGCAGGUUUCUGGGGUGAGGAAGAGCCAUUUGUGUUUGAGUACAGAGCAGGCCAAAGCACCGUACCUCCGUGGGAUUGGCGGAGGAGAUGAGGAAGUCUCCCAAACCGCAUUCCUGUAUGAGGGUAACUAACCCUCUUGCCUGUUUUCUCCCUGUUUCCACAGCUCCCUCAAGGCGCAGUGACCUGGAAAAUCUGGGAUACUGCCUGCUCCACUGGCUGUGCGGGACACUGCCCUGGGACUCGAUGCUGAAGAACCCAGUACACGUCCAGGAGGCCAAAGCCAGGCUGAUGGCCAACCUCCCCGAUUCAGUGCUGGAGCUACCUGGCAGUGGUAUGGAGGAGGUGGCAGUGUUCUUGAAGUGUGUGAAUUCCCUGGCAUACAAAGAAAAGCCGGACUACCAGAUGCUCCUAGACAUCCUGUCAGGUGGAGAAGCCCGAGUGGAGGGCCUGCUGGACUUCUCUAGACCAGGAGUACAGGCGGUGGUGAGAUAGGGGACUUUUUUUGGGGUCUGGGGACUAGAUUGUGGGGAUAUUCAAGCGUUUAGGGACAGAGUGGCUGAAAGUCUUCUCCUGACCCUUGAGGAAGCAGCAUGUGGCCCUUGUAUGACCCUGCUAAAACUCUGGCCUUCCUGGGAGGGGGGAGUGAUAAGCUGACUACCUGGGGCUGCCUAAGGCCAUCUGUCUCUCCCGUACUUACAACAAGCACUAUAAGAAUUCCAACACCACAAAGAAACUCUCCUCGUGACUAUAUACCUGAGCCAAAAAUACUCAUCCCAGGCAGAAGUAAUGAAAUUACAGUUAGCAGCCAGGUCGCCUGUGAUCAAGGGUGACAUUUCUUCUCAUUUAAG